AGGCGGGAACAAUCUAUUUGUAGUAUUUAUAUAAACUACAGUAUUUACAUGCAGUCAGACAGAGCAUGAACCUGAGCAGAGAAACUCAUUAAAACUACUGAACUCCCACUGAGGCGGGCAGCGUCGUCCCGACUGGUCUGCGCGCAGCGGGGAAGAAGAGGGAAGAGACCCUGGAGUCGUUGGCAGAAGACCAACACGUAUGCCAAAGGAUGAAGUACAGUAUAUGUGUGUGUGUGUAGAGAGAGAGAGAGAGAGAGAGAGAGAGCCUUGUGUUAACGCAUAAACAAUGAACGCGGGGGAGGAGCAUUUAUAGGCGGGAAGUUCAAUCAUCUCAACAGGUUGUGACCGGUUCACCGUCAGGACAACAUCUGAGCGAGACGCUGAUGAAAAAUGCCUAGUAUGACAAUCAAACGGGCCCUCACAGAGGAACUGGGGGACCUGAAGAAAAAAGACUUUAAAAAAUUCUGCCACCAUCUGCGGGACCGCAGAGAGGAGCCGCGGAUCACCCGCAGUGAUGUUGAAGAUCAAGAUGUUUUGAGCAUCACAGACGUCUUGGUUUCUAAAUUCACCGAGCGCAAAGCUCUCAAAGUGACUCUGGACACACUGGAGGAGAUUGGCUGCAACGAGGAGGCAAAGAGACUGGAUGCAAGAACCAAAGCCUGUGUGGACAAUGGUGACCCUGCACUACCGAGGGCCUCGAGCGGCAGGUUGCAGAUGAAGCCCUCACAGGAGGCCCUGACGUAUGCGGCCGGCCAGGGGCCCAUGCAGGAUGCUCGACGGGGGAGUCCUCCUGUGAAGAACAAGGAGGAGGUGGAGGCUGAAGCAAAGGCCCACGUUCGCUCUGAAGGGGGGGGGGACCCUUCAAAUGCUCAGCUCGUGUUGAGUGGGUUUACGAUUCAGUUUGGCAAGUACAAAGGAAAAACGUUCAAGUGGCUGCUGGAGAAUGAUGUGGGUUACGUUGCCUACAUAGUGGCUAGCCACCAGUUGGAGCGAGGGCAAGGGAACACAAUGUGUCAGACGCCACUGAUGGCCAACAAGAGGUCCUUGGAGAAAUACGCGACUGCUUACCCUGAGGUUCUUGACGAAGUCCGCCGCAGUCGAUCCGUCCAGUCAGUCCAAAACGGGGAAGCGCUUCUCGGCUUUGGUAAAUAUAAAAAGCUGAAACUGCGGAGUCUGUACCAGUCGAAGGAUUCGGAAAAAAUCAGUUAUGUUAAUUACCUCCGGGGCAUGAAGUCUAAAUGUGACCCGGGGUCCAAAAUGGAGGUUGCUGUCCAAUACAUCUUGAAGCGUGACCGAGAGCAGGCCGCAGGUGCCGCCAGGAAGUCGACCACCAGGAGCGCCCGCCAGGCAGUCACAAACGGCCCAAGAGAUAUGAGCCCAAAACCGCAGAGGCCAGAAUAAAAAUACCAAAUAAAAAAAUUGAUUUUUUUGGAAAAAGCUCAGAUUUUCGAUUUAUGAUUUUGAGUUGUAUAAAUAACAUUGUGAAUUUCUCUUGGGAAUGAAUAAAGUAUCUGUCUAUCUAAAA